AUCGAAGCGAUGGUGUGAAGUAGUUUUUUAUUCUUUUUACUUUUUACUGCAUAUUUAUACCAAGAAUAGAGAAUUUCUAAUUUGCUCUUUUUCCAUCUCUUGUUGCGAUGAUCGAUGAAAUAAAUAACAUUUCCUGGUACCAUUAAGCUCGACAUCAUUCAAUAUUGUACACAAAAUUAAUCAUCAUGUUUUCGUCAAAAAUUCAUUAAGCCAACUGUUGAGAAAUAGUGACAAUUACAUAGUCGCGAUACCUUUUUCACAAUGAAUUUCGAAAAUAGUUCUAGUAGUGGCUAUGUCACAAACGAGACCAUAUAUGGGACUCACGAAGAUUCCCAUGCCGUGAUGUCAGAAAAGGUGCAAUCUCUGGCUGGCAGUAUUUAUCAAGAAUUCGAGCGUAUGAUCGCGCGUUACGAUGAAGAUGUUGUCAAGACAUUGAUGCCGCUGCUUGUUAACGUUUUGGAGUGCUUAGAUUCUGCAUAUCAGACUAAUCAGGAACAUGAAGUGGAACUGGAGUUGCUGCGGGAGGAUAACGAACAACUGGUUACGCAGUACGAGCGCGAAAAGGCGGCGAGGAAGCAUUCUGAACAAAAACUCCUUGAAGCUGAAGAUCACUUUGAAGGUGAACGAAAAGAUUUAACUGGUCGUUUGGAGGCUUUGGACAGUAUAGUGCGUAUGUUGGAAUUAAAGCACAAGAACUCCUUAGACCAUGCCAGUAGGCUGGAGGAAAGGGAGAAUGAACUAAAGAAAGAGUAUGCAAAACUUCAUGAGAGAUAUACUGAGUUAUUUAAGACUCAUAUGGAUUAUAUGGAACGCACUAAACUGUUGCUCAGUACAGCUGCAAAUGAUCGUGGUGGAGAGGUUCGUGGUCGAAUCAAUCUCAACAAUGUUAGCCGAUCAAGUGGGCCUAUAUCUUUCGGAUUCGCCUCGCUGGAGGGUUCAGUGAAUAUUGUGGAGCAAACGGAGAGCAUUCCCGGAAGCCCAGUGAGCCUGUCUUCCUCACCGCCUUCACCGCCAAUCGGAUCUGAACUAGCAGCGGUCCGGACCGCGGAACAGAGUCAUCAAACUGAUCCCAUCAGGCAACAAAGUCAAGCUACAUCACCAGUGGCCCCCCAGGCCAGUAGCGGCAGAUCCCAUACUAAGAGUGAAAAGAGAAGUGCCAAUACUCUAUACCAAGAGCUGGCUUUCCAAGAUUCAGAUCCCGUAGUUGAAGAUGAGACUGACAUUACAGGAAAUUGGGUGCAUCCUGGUGAAUAUGCUUCAUCAAUUAACGACAACUACUUCGUUAACGAUAACUACUUCGGUAAGCGCAAAGAAGUUGAGAAUCUUAUUUUGGAGAAUAAUGAGCUGUUGGCUACAAAGAACGCUUUGAAUGUGGUGAAGGACGAUCUGAUAGUAAAAGUUGAUGAAUUGACCGGUGAGCAAGAGAUACUGAGAGAGGAAGUGGCCAAUCUGAAUGCGGCUAGAGAAACCUUGAGAGAGCGCGUCAAUCAACUGGAGGAUGAACUUAGGCGCUUGAAAGAAACUGUGAGCUCUACCACAAGUGGAGAUAAUGAAGACGAAGCGGACGUUCCAAUGGCGCAGAGAAGGAGAUUCACUCGAGUCGAAAUGGCAAGAGUCCUCAUGGAAAGAAAUCAGUAUAAGGAACGUUUCAUGGAACUGCAAGAUGCUGUUCGCUGGACAGAGAUGGUGCGAGCGACCCGCGGCGAUGCAUCUGCUGGCAAGAAGAGUAAACAGAGCAUAUGGAAGUUCUUUAGCAACCUUCUCAACCCGAGCGAGCGUCCGCAGCGUCCUCUAUCGACGCCUCACCUGAGGGCGGUGACGGCACCACAGCCAGCGUUACGGCACUCCCGCACUCAGGGGGACUUCCUCGAGACCCAACUGACUGACCAGCAUCAUAGGCGACAGGAUAGGAAUGAACAGUUCCGACAGGUGCGGGCUCACGUGCGCAAGGAAGACGGUCGCACUCAGGCUUACGGCUGGAGUCUACCUGGGAAGAGUGUGCAAGGACAGAAAGGUCCAAGUGUUUCCCUUUCAUCUGGAGGCGUGCCAGUACCAGUGCCUAUAUUUUGCAGACCUAUAGCAGAAGGUGAGCCUCGUAUGAGCCUGCUCUGCGCGGCUGGAGUCAACUUGAACGGAGGGCGCACUUCUGAUGGCGGCUGCAUGAUCGGUGACAGUGUUUUUUAUCCUAACGACAGCGAGGACGAUAAUGAUGACGAACAAAACACCAUGUGCUUAGCAUAUGAAAUGACAAAGGCGGAAUCCGUUCACUCGCCUGAAAUAAAUGAGAUUGACCAACAGCUUCAAUCAACUCGUGUUCCUGAACAUUCCGAGAAAAAUCUUUCCUCUCUCGUUUGGAUAUGCUCUAGUACCCAGAAUGAUGGGGUUGUUAUGAUUAUCGACGCAAACAAUCCAGCUGUAGUGAUCGAGACAUUCACUGUAUACGAGAAGCACAUAUUGUGCAUAGCUUCAGUACAAGGCGCCACAGAUGAGGAUUACAAAGAGUUCAAAGAACGCGAAGCUGAACUUAAGAAUGGUGGAAAGCCACAGUUUCAUUGCUCAGAAGAAGAAGAUGAUGAAAAUGGGGAGAAGAAAAUUAUUGUUGGACGUAAAGUGCUGGUGGAUUCUAUUUUACUGACUCCUUCUGAAUCUCCUGUGAAAGAGAAAAAGGAGAAUGAAGAAAAGGAUGCAGAGGAAACUGCAUCGACUUCGCAAAGUCCUCCACUUAGUUCGACGCCUAUUAAUAAUACAAUUGCUGAGGUGCAAGAGGAUGUUCCGGAACAAGGUGUCGCAGCGUACGACGAUGAUGAGAUACCUGAACGUCUUAGCCCCGUAUUUGAAGCUAGAACAUCUACUAUAAUGCCGACUAUGUGGCUCGGCACCAAGAGCGGCAAUCUAUAUAUUCACUCCGCUGUUGUUGAUUACAAGAAAUGUAUCAGCAUUGUGAAGAUGAAUGACGCGAUUCUCUCAAUCGUGUCAUGUUCUUCUCGUUGUUUGGUCGCGUUAGCUGAUGGCACUAUCGCCAUAUUUUCCCGCGAUGGCACCGGACAAUGGAAUUUGAAGCAGUACUUGGUCGUCACACUGGGAGACCCAAAAUGUUCAGUGCGUUGUCUCUGCGUUGUUGGCAACACUGUGUGGUGUGGGUACCGCAACAAAGUGCACGUGGUGGAGCCCAGAACUGGCACACUUGUGCACACACUUGAAGCUCACCCUCGACACGAGAGUCAAGUUCGUCAGAUGGCUUGCGACGGCGAUGGAGUCUGGGUAUCUAUCAAAAUGGACUCAGCAUUGCGUCUGUAUCACGCGCAUACUUACCAACAUCUACGCGAUGUUGACAUCGAGCCUUACGUUAGUAAGAUGCUCGGCACUGGCAAGUUGGGCUUCUCCUUCGUCAGGAUUACUGCACUACUCAUCAGCUCAGGUCGGCUCUGGAUCGGUACCAGCAAUGGUGUUGUCAUCUCAGUACCGUUGUCAGACACGCAGGGCUCCAGCCGUGACUCCAGUGGUGGUACCACACGGCACACCGCUAUUGCUAACACUUCAGCUACAGGCCGUGUACGACCUGACUCAACAAGUCCAACCGGUUCUAUCCCGUGGUGUUCCAUGGCACAAGCUCAGCUCAGCUUCCACGGGCAUCGUGAUGCGGUCACCUUCUUCGUAGCUGUUCCUGGCAACGCCAACUCUCCCACCCGUACACCAGACUCACCGCAGAAGACCGCUGACUCGCCACAAAAGACCGCCUCACCGCCAAUGCUGGUGAUGUCCGGUGGUGAAGGAUACAUCGAUUUUAGAAUAGCUGAUUCAGAAAUGGAGGAUAGCGUGGUGGUGGCUGAGGAUGGAUCUAGUGGACACAGCUCUCUUGCGGAGCGGGCUACCAAGAGCCACUUGAUAGUUUGGCAAGUGGCAACCGCCUAACGUGAGGCCUGCCGUCCACGCUUCGAUUCUGAGUCAGAUUACGUGUACGUGUGCACGUCCACUAAACCAGCGACCCCUUACAACGCAUAAGUCGCUACAGUGAAUAGGCCGUCUUAUACUGGCGAUGUGUUUUGCAAAAUCUAAUAAUUAUCUUCACAUUUUUUAUUAGUACAUUAAUAAUAUUUCUCACAUCACCAGUAGUUUGACGUUUAAAGCGAUUUUUGUAGAGAUUCUUCAUAGACAUAUAUAAAGUUUUUUUUUUAAAUUUUAAUUACAGUACACGAAUUCAAAGUAAUGUUUUUCCUGCAAAAAUCACUUCCUAUUCACAUAUUUAGCUGAUGUUAUUUGUAUACAUUUGCUGAUUGCGAUGUAUAUUAAUGAUAAAGGCUAAAUUUAUAUCCGCCGAAUUGUGUUUAUCAUACACUUCAUACAAACGGCGCAUCAUUCUGACUCCAACGAUAUAGAAGCAGUGCACGGCACCUAAAGGACUUUUAAAACACAGUUUUAUAUAUUAUUCACCAUAUGUGUGCUUACCAUAGCUAUUGUGUACCUUGUCGUAGUAUCUGCCUUGACACUUGUAAUUUUUUUAAAGGUGGCAAGUAAGUUAAUGUCACCUUGGUUCGCCAAACUAGCGAAUUGCUACCGCUUUAAUAGGCAGAGGAUGGGACGCACAGAAAGAUAAUAUUUUCCCCUUCCUAUCCAUAUUCGUACAUGUCAAAUUUGAGACGAAAAGGAUGAUUAUAUUACAAGUGUCACUGCAGUGGAAUACUACGCUUACCGCUUACUCAUAUUAGUGUUUUGUGUAUUAUAUGACGAUAUUAGCGUAUCAAAUAUAUACCAAUCGUAUAGUUUUUAAGCUUUAUCUCAUUUAGUAAUAACGUACAAUUUGUAACCACCAAAUAAAACAUUUCGUAGUGUUAUUAAGUUAGUCUAAUUAAGAUAUGUAUCUCUCAAAUGUCAGGAAAUUUCCUGACCGUUUUUAAUUUGGGCUGUGGUUUUUAUC